AUGUCAGCUCCAUCACCGACACCAUCGAACGUGCCCGCUGCCCACCACAAACGACCUAGACCCAGUGCGGCAGCCGGACCUUCAGCUCCACAGGGAUCAUCUAUUUCAAGGACGAAAAGGAGGAAGCCAGAGGGUCCAUCAGUCGAUGACACCGACAAGAGGAAUGGAGUGAAUGGGAAAAGCAAAGAAGAUGAUGCAGUCGAUCCUGCAGGUGAUGUUAAAACAAAGAUCGACUUUAACGAACUUCCCGUCGAGACUUUGUACAAGUAUUUGGAAUAUCACGAUUUAUUACCUAGAUGGGAUGUUUCGCCUUGGUCUGAAGAACCAUGUACCCCUCCAAAUCAACUGUAUACUCUUCCACCUGCAGCUCCGAUAGUACCGUUAUCUUCAUCAUCCAAUAUACCUGUACAAACCCGGACAUCCACCUCACCCAUCCCUCAAACGAGUAACGCUGCCUUUCCCAAUUCAGGCGCAGGACAAGAGGGUGAUAGUAGUAUGUCUCAAGGGUUGACACAAGGUUCAAGCCAGAUCAACGGUAUAGGAAAACCUACAGAUAAUGGAGACUUGGAUACAUUAUCGAACAUUCAUGAUGAACCUCAAUUACCUCAAUUACCACCUUCUGCAACGAACUCCGGACCUUCACAUUCGAGUCAAGUUGUCACAGCCCGUAUAGAUGAUUCCAGUAAUGCGCAAAGUCAAGGUCAGAGUCACGGUCAAGCUCACAAUCAAGGUAUAAAUGAUAAUUCACAUUUACCUAAACUAGAACAACAGUUGGAAGAAGGAGGUGAAGGAAAUCCUUUAGAUCCAUUCGAGCCACCCACCACAAGAUCAAAGACUUUACCCACAAGACAACCAGAGGCCAACUCCCCAAUUCCAGAACAUCCAGCAGUCCAACUCAAACGUGGCGUAAUUACACUUUCAGACGUCUAUUCAGCUAGAGAAGUAUUAGCUGAAAAAGCAAAUAAUCACUGGAUGAAAGGUUUAGGUGGUGGUCAAAAUAAAGAAGGUGAAACUAUCGUUAAUUUUUUAUAUAAAAUGAAAGUUGGUCAAGGCAGGUUAUUGAGAGUGUAUAAUCCCGUUCCGGCAAAUCAACACUGGUAA